AUGUCCGCUCCCUCUGUGUUGGGCACGGGCUAUUAUCAUUUGGACGACAUUAUUUGCUACCAGGACCUACAGGCUAGCGCUCUCGAUGCCUAUCUCAUUAUCAGGAUCUUUUGGAAAAAUUUCGGAAUCUGGUUUAUUGCAGUACUCCUGUUGGUUGUGACUGAAAGAGCGUGGGGUAGGGGUUCCAUGGGACCAGACCAUCGGGUAGGGCUAGAACACGUGAAACAAGCACUUCUAGGUCGUCAGGAUGUUCACUGCGCAGUGCUUUUGCUCGAAACCUAUACGAGCUUCAAGUCAGAGAAGCCAGAGGGCUGGAAGCGUAGGCAUGUAAUGAUUCAGGCAUUAAUACAGGCAAACAUCAAUACGCCAGGCUCAGAUGCUAAAGCUUGCCCCGACACGAGGGUGUCGCGACGGAACCAUCGGAGCGCGUGGAUGCCAUGCUCCCAAACCGCCACCCACGUGGUGCUUUUUGCGAUUCUUUUUCUCUGCAAUGUGAUGAGUACCCCCUACGACCGCAUUCGUCAGCAUCUUGGUAUAUAUUCCAGGUUUUACCAUGGAAUUCGGGAACUAUAUUCAUUUCGGAAAACUGUUUAUGAGAAAUAUCCAGAUGCCACAACUGAGAAGGUUGGAAGCGAUGGUAUUUGUAUAAUUUGCCAGGAAGAGAUGGACUUGAUCAUGCCAGCAGUCAAUGGUGGAGGGGCUGGUCUCAAAGCCGCACUCGAUGUUCGCAACGUCUCUGGCCAAUUUUCGCCUAAGCUAUUGCCUUGUGGUCGUCAUGUGUUACACUUUGAUUGCCUUUGUAUAUAUUUAUUGACAUGGUCGCAUUGUCCGAUAUGCCAAACCGCACGGCCAGUCCCUGCAAAGACCAGCCAUAUAAUACUUAGAUGGUGGGUCAUGUGGCUCUGGCAGUAUCAAUACAGGAGUUCGUUGUGA